UGACCCGGAAGUAGAUCGCAUUAGCUAACACACGUUUUCCUCGUGCUGUAGCAGCAUGUUGCUGAUCGGCGGUGGGUCUCAGUGAUGUCUGUGGAGAUGGUGGAGCUCUCGGUGAGAUCUGCGGAGCCGCUCCGGCCCGCCGGGACCCUGCAACAGAGCCGCGUUUUCCUGGACUUCUUCUGGGACUUGGCUAAACCGGACCAGGAGGUCCGGCUAAAGGCGGUGGAAAACCUGAUCCUGUACCUGAAAAGCGAAAACAAGGCUGAUGAGCUGGAGUACACGUUGAAACGGCUGGUGGACGGACUGGCUCACACCCGGGAGGUGGCGAGACCUGGGUUCAGCCUGGCUCUGGGGCAGGUCUUGAUUGCGUUUAAAGACGUGUCCCUGCAGAGCACACUCGACAGAAUCAGGAACACACACAACCUGCAGGCCGUGAAGAAGAAACUUGCCAGGAAUGCGAUGUUUGGGAACCUGUUCGGCGUCCUCGCCGUCCAUCAGUCGGGUCGCCUCGUUAAAGAGCCGCAGGUGGUGUUGGGAUGCGUGCAGCUCCUCCAGAGUCUAAGCCAGCACAAGCAGCACCUGAAGGACCUCCCCAAUAAAACCAUGAUGGACAUCCUCACCGAGAUCCCAGAGGAGGUGUUUGAGGAGGUCCUACUGGGGGCCCUGCAGACGGACCUGCAGUCAGCCUUUAACACUCCAGAGCAGCUGCAGCUCCUGUUGGUGGCGCUGCAACGCUUCCCGCAUACUCUCAAACCCAAGAAACUGAAGAAGUUGCUGGGCUCCUCCACCAUCAUCAACUCGGACAACAUCCCCAAAUUAAUAGACGUGUUGAAGAUGGCGGCCGUCUCUGUGAAGAAGGAGCCGACUCUUCCCGGCGUGGCUCUGGACCUCCUGAAGCUCUCGCUGAAAGAAGACAGCUUCCAGCUCUUCUGGGACAGAGCCAUCACAGAGGGCAUGUUCCAGGAGGCGUCAGGACCAACCAACUACCUGGGCUUCCGUCUGCUGGGCAGCGCCCUGCCUCUGCUGUCGCUACCUCAGCUGAAGGAGGUUUUAUCUGGAGAGGUGAUGAUGCGUUACGGUGAUCACGUGGUUUCAGCUCAGAAACCAGAUCGCUUCAAGCUGGCACCAGAGAUGGACACGUACAUGUCGGACUUCCUGCAGGCCUGCCAGGACUCCGACAAACAGCUGGCGGUCAUGGUGGGCUUCUCCUCUCUGACCCACAAUGGUUACCCCGUGGUGCCGUCGAUGUGGAGGGUGGUGCAGCACCUGCAGCCCGCAGCCCUGCGGAGCUACGUGGAGUGGCUCAGAAACAUGUUUCUGCAGCCUCAGAUGGACCGGCUGCUGGACUUCAGCACCCGCAGGGAGAAAGGCCAGCAGCAGGAGCCGAAGGGGAACGCAGUUUUCCGCCUGAGGAAGUGGAUCGUUGCACGACUCGUCUCGAUCAUCGACAACAAUCAGGCGAAGAAGCAGGAGGAUCUCAUCAUGGAUGUGUCCAGGUUUGUCUUUUUUCACGCCUUCUUCAGCACCAAGAAGGCCUCGUCAGACAUAGCGGAGACUAAUUCUAAGCUGUCCGUCCCACUGGAUGAUAAAACAAGAGAAGUGCUCGUCGACUCUUUCUUUGGACUCCUCAUGUCCUUGCACCGCAUUCUUCUCAGCGACGACAGCGCCGCAGUCAAUCAGAAGCGAGUCCAGGGCGUAACGUCUGACGGCACCAUGUGGAUUUACCACCUGGUCCAAUACGCCCAGCUCCUGCUGGACCAUCCUAAACACGUCCAGAGCGUCCGACCAUUGAGCCCCGAGCAGAGACAGGCUUGGGACGGCAUGUUGGAGUCGGUGGAAAACCUGAAGAAAAAAGCAAAGAAAGGUGCAACGGCAGAGAGCGGCGCGUUCCAGCAGCUCUUCCUGCUGGUCGGCAUGCAUCUCUUUAAGGCCCCCGAUGAGCUGCUGGACAUCAUGAAGGACCUGCAGAGCUGUUUGGACAAAGCACAGGAGAAAAAAGCCAAGAAGAAAAAGAAACAAGCCACGGAGCAGCAAGAAGAGGAGCCCGAGUGGGUGGAGGUGAUGGUGGACAUCUUGUUGUCCCUGUUGUCCCAGCAGAGCCGACACAUCCGACAGGUCUGCAAAGCCGUCUUCUCCUCCAUCUGUCCCCACGUCACCGCAGCAGCCCUCACCGCCAUCUUAGACGUCUUAGACCCUGAGAGGGAGGACGAAGAGGACGGGGCUGUCGUCGUCACUGAUGAUGCAGUGGUGAAGAAGAAGAAGAAGAAAGACGAUGAAGAACACGAUGAGGAGAUGGAGUCGGACGAGUCAGAUGGGUCAGACGAUGACUCUGACGAGGACAAAGCGAUGGAGGAGGAGGACGAAAAAGAAGAAGUAGUGGAUCAAAACUUCCGCACGGAGUUGAUGAAGGUCCUCCAGAAGCAAAAUGCUCUGGCCACCAAGGAGGAGGACGCCAGCAGUGACGAAGACCUGGAUGAUGAAGCCAUGAUGGCGCUGGAUAAGAGUCUGUCGGCGCUGUUCUCCGAGCAGAAGAAAAAAGUCCAGGCCAAGAAGGACGAGAAGACGAAACUACAGAAAGAGCGGACGCUGGUCCGAGGCUUCAGGAUCAAGGUGUUGGACCUGAUAGAGGUGUUCGUGGCCCGGCAGGCCAGCAGUCCUCUGAUUCUCGGCUUGGUGGAGCCUCUGCUGAACAUCAUCAACAGAGGAAUGAGCUCCGGCAGCGAGCAGCAGGAGCAAGACUUCCUCCGAAGAGCUGCAGAUAUCUUCAGGAACCAGCUGUGCAGGUCCAAAGUUUACUGCAGGACCGUCGCAGACCGACAGGGGGAGCUGCACGACCUGCUGGACAAGCUGAUGGGUAAAGCCCAGAAGCUGAACGACUCCUCCGUGUGUCUUUACUACUUCAGCGCCUCUCUUUAUGUGGUGAAAGUGCUGCGAGGAGCGCCGCCUGCUGAGAACAGAGAGGCUCCGACGGCUGACGGAGCAGCAGCGAGCGACCUGAGGUUUAUGGGUAACGUGGACGUAGAUCGGGUCUCCGGCCUCUUCAGAGACGCUCUGAACUCCUUCAUGAGUCGGAGGAAAAGCCCUCUGACCACCCAGAUGUUCACAGACCUGUUCAGCAGAUUCCCCGUUUUAUGUGUGAACCUGUUGGAUACAGCUGUGCAGCACAUCACAUCUGGAAUCCGAGAACAUCAACAGGGUCAAGCGUGCGUGUUGGUGUUGCGGGCGAUGCAGAGCAGAGACGUCCAGAAGCUUCUGAGCGGCAAAAAGUGGACAAAGCUCUGUGAGAAUGUGUUGGAACAUCUGGCUGAGAGUCUCGGGCAGGUCAGUGGAGCGGAGAGCAAAGUGACCAAAGACAAGGUGGUGAUGAUGCUGGAGCUCUGUCAGUUUCUGGUUAAACAUGUUCACCAGCAGAAGCUGUCUGUGAACCUGGACCCCCUCCAGGGCGUCCUCCAGUCCUUGACCAGCGCUGUGGAGUUCAGAAAAACUGGAAAACUGGAGGACAACUACUGGGCUGUGAUGAAGCACUUUGGAGUGAUGAAGCCCAAAGUUGAGAAGACGAAGCCCGACCAGGAGACCGAGACGGAGAUGGUGCCCAAGAAGAAGAAAGGUUUUCUGCCUGAAACAAAAAAGCGUAAAAAACGCAAUAAACCUGAUCUGGAGCCAGCCUCCAAAAACAAGCCAGAAGAGGAGAAAGAACCAGCUAAAAAGAAACCGAAAAAGAAGACGAAACAGAAACGAGCCGCCGAUGGUGCGGCCGCUUCCCAGCCCGGCCCGGCCAAAAAGAGCAGAACACAAUCUGACAGUAAACCUGGCAAGAAGAAGAAGAAGAAAACCGAGCAGAGGAAAGGAGAGUAAACGUGAAGUGGAUUAUUUAAAUGGACUCACUGAAAAGGUUUUGAAUAUCCUUUUAAACAGUUUAUUCUUUUUGUUUUUUUUACUACCAGGUCAGCUUUGAUGGUUUGUUCAACGUGAGAGACAAAAUUAAAUUUGUGAGAAUCAGGAUUUGACUUCUUAUUUUUAUUUUAUUUGAUGAGAACUGUUGAUUAGAAAUAUGUCUGCAGUUAAAUGUGAUCUAUGAAAUG